AUGACAAAGGGCAUAGUUAAAGCUGUUGAGCGUGAUUCAUGUUUCAAGAAAAAUAAGUUGAAGAAUGAGGGAGACACAUUCCAUGAUUCUCUUUUAGAUUCCAAAAUUAUUGCUCCUGAAAGUGUGAGUGGAACACGGGAAACCAAGGUGGUUGAGACACUCAGUGAGGCAUCUGGUGAAAAUAUUAUAGACGAGGUGAAGGGGAAAAAAAGUAAAAAGGAAAAGAGGAAAAAAGAGGAUGGACAGGUAGAUAUUGUGGCUGGCGACGUUCAAGGUUACACUAAUAUCAAAAAGAAGAAAAAGACAAAAUUAGGACACAGUUGUAAAGAUCUUACACAUGAAAAGAGUGAAAAGAGAGUGAGAUUUUCUGGUCAUGUACAGGUUUUUCCUCCAUCCAGUGAUCCAAGUGACGAGGAGUAUGAAGUACAGGGAGAAAAAUUACUGUGGGGCAAACGAUUCUCAAAAGAAGAAGAUGAAAUUAUCAAAGAUGUUGUUAAUAGAUACAUAGAGGUACAUAACUUGGGCAAACAAGGGUUGCAAAAGGUUUUGAACUCUAAAUCUAUUCCCGAAAUAAGGGGCUGCUGGAAAAAAAUAGGGAGGGCUAUACCGUACAGGCCUUAUACUGCAGUUUAUCACCGUGCACAACGGUUGUUUCGAAGUAAUGAUAAUCGAAAAUACACUGAAGAAGAGUAUGAGAUGAUACGGAAGUUCCAUGGAGAACAUGGGCCCAAAUGGAGGGUCUUGGCUGAUGAACUUGGGAAACAUUGCGCUAAUGUGGGAAAUACAUGGCAUAGGAUAAAACUGGCCAAUCGAAAGAGAGGAAAUUGGGCUCAGGAGGAAAUCCAGACUUUGUUUGAUUUGGUAAAUGCCGAUCUGCAACUGAUGCUUUUUGAAGAGAAGAAAUCUAAGCAUGGGAUGUUACGGGAUAAUAUUCGCUGGAGUGCAAUUAGUGACAAAUUGUCCACCAGGUAUAGUGGACAUUGCUGCACUAAAUGGUACAGACAAUUAACAUCGGCGAUGGUGGCUGCAGGUGAAUGGGCAGAUACUGAUGACUAUCGACUAAUUGAUGCUCUUUUUGAACUUGAUGCGAGUUGCAUAGAGGACGUGGAUUGGGACAAUCUUCUUUCCCACAGGCAUGGAGAGUUAUGUCGAAAAAGAUGGAAAGAGAUGGUCCGUCAAAUAAGUCAACAUGAAAAUAAGUCAUUUGCUGCACAAGUAGAAGUGUUAGCUAAGAGAUACCGCCCUGAUUUGGUUGAAGCAAGAGAGGCCUGGGAUAGGAAACCAGUUGUUCCAUGAAUAUGUUCAUUACUCACAUGGACGUUUAUUUAGAGAGAGAUGAUUAAGGAACAUCUAUUCUGAGGCGGAUCCAGGUUUUUAAAUCAGUAGGUCGAGGAAAUAUAACUGGUCUGUGCCAUGGCACAGCAGAAAAGAUCAUAUAAUUUCUUUGUGGAAUGCAUGGACAAGCUCAUGUAUAUAGCGGUGUCAAAUGGGCGGGCUAUGCUGAAAUUUGGGUGGUCAAUGACCGGUCCAAACUUGAGGGGGUUGGGUGAAUCAUGUUUUUAUGGGAAAUUUUGCCACCCUUACGUGCAGCUAUUGAUCAUUGAUCUCAGAGUGCAGUAGCGGUGCCCUUUUAACGGAGGAAUAUGUAUUACUCGACGAAAUAAUCCAAAAAGUUGGUAUAAAGUGCCAUGUAUAAUUAUUACCUUCUGCUAUCUGAUAAUGGAUGAAGGAUUCUACUUUGGUUCUGAUUAUACUCUUUUCACUCGGCUGACAUUAGAACUGUUGUUUUAAUCGGGGUGGUGCUGGGCCAAUUUGCGCGUGCUACCUCCCACCAAGGCUUUGACAAAUGUGUAGAAAUUAUUUAGUAUUUUUGCCUGCUGUCGUUUGAACA